AUGUCUUUUGUAUCACACUACGAGACACAGAAGCGAACAGCGCAAGCCGUCAUCGGCGGCUACAACGAAGGCACUCCAGAUAGUCUGUUGAGAUACAGAACGCCAGAAUGCAAGCAUAUGAUCCAUCCGGCUUCGGUAGCCAAGGCCAUGAGCGUGGAGGAGAUAGGAAACGAGGAGUUGACGCUGGGCACGACGGCGAUCUUUCCGUGGCCGUGGAACCACAUGUCCUCUUCAUCGAGCAGCCCGAGCAUUCCAUCUUCAGCAUUGCCAUCCACGCAGGCACCAAGUCAAGCACCGUUCUCUGGGGCCUCGAGCUCAGCUGCUGCCACGACGGCAGCGAGCUCUUCUGGGCCCAAUACUAGCGGAAACAAUGACAACAACAACACAGGUGCUAUCGUUGGAGGCGUCAUCGGCGGUCUGGCGCUCGUGGGCGGUUUUGGAGUUGCCGCGAUCUACGUCUUCCUGGAAUAUCGUCGUAACAGGGCGGCGGAUACUACGCAGGAGGAGGAGAACAGGACCCUCGUGACUCGAGGUACCUUGUUACCACCGACGGCUGAACAGGAAAGGAAGCAGCCGGCAUGGGUCGCAUCCGUGGAGCUGCCCGCUUUCCCCAAAUCUCCCGCCGAGCUGCCCGCCGGGGAAUGGCGGCGGUAG